AUGGCGGCGCACGCCGUGGUCUGCGCGGCCCUUGCCCGCGCCGCCAGCUCCAAGCAGGGCGAGGUGACCAUCGGCGAGGUGCGCGUGCAGGCCCUCUCGCCGAACCUCGUGCGCGUCGAGCCCAGGGGGCCGAAGGGCUUCGAGGACCGCUCGACCUUCAUGGUGGUGAACCGCAGCUUCCCGGGGGUCUCCGCCGAGCUGAAGAACACGGAGGACGGGAAGGUGGUGCGGACCGAGUUCUACGACGUCGUCUUGCGGGGGUCUGAACCGCCCGCCUGCGGCGAGAUGCUCCAGGACACCGACGUGGAGACGGACCCCGGCGGAACGCGCUCGUCGAAGUACCCCGACGGCAUCUUGGUGCCAGACAGCGACGCUUGCUGUGCGGCGUGCGCCAGCGACCCGACCUGCAACGCCUGGGUGUACACGGUCGACUUGGCCCAGUGCUACACGCUCAACAUGUGGCUCUCGCUGAAGAAGGGCCAGAAGAACCGGGUGUUCGGUGUGCGGCCCCCCCGCCUCAGUUUCGAGGUCCGCAGCGCGUCGGGGGCCGUGCUCUACGACUCCCUGCAGGACUACAGCAAGGCGCGGCACCUGCUAGCCUGGCCCGCGCCCCUCGCCGCCUCCAGCUACGCGCUGGUCGACCACCCGCGCUUCCACCAGCCAGAGUGGGGUGCAACGCCGGUGCCGCCGAAGGCCGAGGUCGGCACGGGCCUGGAGCCUACCAGUGGCUACGACUUCGACAACGGGGUGGAGGGCGACACGUACGUGUUCCUUCUCGGCGACGACCUCGACGGCUGGAUGGCCUCCCGGGCGGAGUUCGCCGCCCUGACGGGCCCCGUGCCGGUCCUGCCAGACUAUGCGUACGGGACCUGGUUCACGUGGUGGCACCCUUACGACGAGGAAGAGGCCAAGGACGACAUCGAGCAGUGGGACACCGACGACCUGCCGCUGGACGUGUGGGGCCUGGACAUGAACUGGCGCCACGUCAGCGACGGCAAGGACCGCUUCUACGACCACCCCAACACCGACCUCUUCUCAAAUUUCGACGCGUUCUUCUCGUACCUGCGGGGCAAGGGUCUGCGCACAUUCUUCAACGACCACCCGUUCCCUGUCGCAGGCAGGGGCGCGGGGGGCCUGCAGACUUCCCCCGAAGAGGUGGCCUUUCGCUGGGAGGGCCUGACCACUUGGAUGGCCCGCGGGCUCGACUUCUGGUGGUUCGACGUCAACUGGGGAAUCUCGAUCCCCCCCCCGACGGUGAACCAGUCUGGCACGGCGGGCAACUGGCUGGGGCUCGGCAACGCGGCCUGGGGGUCGCACGUCUACUUCACCAUCGUGGACAGGUUCCACAGGAUGCUGGGUAGCAGGGGGACCGACAACAGCCGCGGCGUCACGCUGACCAAGUUUGCGAGGGACGACGCGCGGCCAGGCUCGGGCCCCAAGGGCUCCAACCGGCCCCCCGAGAGCCCCGCGCAGCACCGCUACCCCGUCUGGUGGACGGGCGACAACGUGAACCUGCAGGCGAGCGUCGAAUCCAUGGUCGACGCGGGCGUCCACGACUUCAAGCCCUUUGUCCACUCCGACUGCGGCGGGGACAAGCGUGGCUCGGCUGGAGACCUGCUGCGAUGGACGGCACACUGCGCCUUCGGCACGAUCCUGCGCUACCACGGCGAGGACCAUAGGCCGUGGUCCUACGACGGGGAGACUGAGGACGCGGUCCGCAGUUACCUCCGCGCGCGCUACAAGUUGCUGCCCACCCUCAUUGCCGCGGGCCGCGAGGCCACGAGCGGCGGCUUCCCGCUCGCGGCCCGCGGCGACCUCUUCUGGCCCCUGGAGAAGGGGAGCUCCCGCAGCGACCAGUACAUCUCGAAGGAGAAAGCCCAGCACGGGCAUAACUUUGCUCGAGGGCCCGCGCGGAUCUCUUUGGUGUUCGCUUGA